AUGUUCACACAAGCUGAACUCUAUCAGUCCCACCUUGAAUCCAUUCGGAAGCAUCUUCUCGAUGAUCACUGCGAGCUUUUUCCUGAUAUUCACCAAAACCCUAGUAGUUUUCCGGGGUAUAACUUCGAUGAUUGGAGUUUUCUUGAAAACUCAGACGAAUCAUCUGAAAAAAUGGAAGAAAUCUCGACUUCUUUCAUGGGUUUGAGCUCAUGGGACUCAUCGGAGAUGUAUAGCCCUGGUUCAAAUCUGAUUUCUCCAUAUACUGUGGAUGAUCAUGUUGAACCGUCACUGAAUCUUGAUGAUUUUGACAUGUAUAGCAUUUUAGAUGAUAACAGUGACAGAAAUCUUCAGGUCUCUCGUAGCCAACACAACACCACAGAAAUGUUUCCAGACACCAAUAUAGAGUUCACCGAGAUUCCAGCCGUUUCCAACGAAGCGCAACCAGAGUUUUUUGUGGCCACAGUUGCUAAUCUUUCCGGCAUCAGCAAUACCACGGAGGGAGCUGCGAGCAAGCCGCUAAACUGGGAUUUCUCGACAGGGCAUGUCAUUGGUUUUGAUGAUGAAGCGUUUUCGGGUGGAAAAGACGACCUAGAUGCGGUAACUCUGAUGGGUGGUUGUUUUGCUGAGGAUGGGGAUGUAAUUCCAGCUAAACAGCUACCAUUCAUUCCAGACAAGAGGUACAGAGGGGUAAGACGACGGCCAUGGGGGAAGUACACGGCGGAGAUGCGGAACCCAGAGAAGAAAGGUUCGAGAUUGUGGCUAGGGACCUACGAGACACCAGAGGAAGCAGCCAUGGCGUACGAUCGAGCAGCUUUUAAACAUCGUGGGUCUAACGCUUUGCUGAACUUCCCGCAUUUGAUCGGGUCACACCAUGAAAAUCCCAAGAAGCAUACCACCAAAAACCGUGAUGCAGCUAACAAGUCCAGGUCCUCAUCAUCUUCUUCUUCGUCAUCGGAGUCCUCAAAGAAAAUCAACAGGAAGAAGGGCAAAAAUUCUGCUAUUUAG